UUUGGCAUUUUGAGAAUGCAAUUAAACUAAGGGAGUAAUUGCUUGUGUUGACGAGAUGUCGAGAAAAACAGAAUCUAAACCGGCUACACCGAGUGUGAUUGCAAAAUUAAUGGGACUUGAUGAACUCCAAUCUCAGAAACCUGCCAAUAAGCAGAGAAAGCUUCAAAGAGUGCUCUCGGAGAAUUAUCUGCGAAAAGCUGCUUCGAUAGGCGCUUGGGAGAAGCGCUCCUUUGGUGAAUGCAGUUCGUUUCGGUUCAGUGUUGAAGAGACAAAGGGGUUCAAGGAUGCGUUUGAAGUAAUAGAAUCAAUAGAGAUAGAAAAGGGAAGAGUAGACUUAAGAUGGUCUCCAGAACGAAAUCAUAUCAAAGGAUCAGGAUUUGUGUAUUCUAGACAGGGUUGUUCUGAAAAUGGUCUCGGGCAACCAGAUUAUCUGAUCACCAAGCAUUUCUAUGAUCAAGAAAAUCCUAAGGUGCUUCAGAAACUCGAGAAUGGUUUCGUAAAAGAUUCUCGAAGGGAAUACAGAUAUGAUAGUACUUCUAUGGUUCCUAGAUUUCAUUUGGAUUCAAACAAUGAAAGAUGCCCUUCCUCUAGAAAAAUUGUCAUUUUGAAACCAAAGCCUGGAGAGGCUGAAACCGAUAAGAAACACCAAGGGUUCCUUGGUAACGGAAAAAGAAAUUCGCAUGCUCAAGUUAAGGACACCUUUUUCGAUGGUGUAAAAUCCUCCACUCGUAGAUCUAUCCCUUCCUCUGAAACUUCUUUUGAGCCGCCAAGGUUAGGAUUCAGUGGUGCUCAAAGUCUUACAAAAGAGCCAGAGUUCCUGAUAGUUUCUUCCCAAAAUAACUCUGAUGUGAACAACUGGGACAAGCCCUCAUGUUAUGACUUAGGCGGAUCACAUGUGGCUCAGGAAGUGAAGCAGCAUAUCUUUGAAAGAUGGAGGGUGACUGAAGACUUUCGGGAGAUCAGACUUACUUUUGGGGGUAGGGGCAGAAGCAGAUCACUUGGUGAAAUGCUUGCAUUGCCGGAUCAUGCUAAACGUGCAAACUUUCGUGGUCCCUUUGGCAUUAGCAGUAAAGAUGGCUGGAAAAACAAUGCUAUUGGAGACUUGAAAUCACAAUCAUAUUCUACAUCUGUCGGAAGUGCUCUAACCAAGACUAUGACUACUAGGUCAGUGUUUCCUUGGUCUAUAAGGAAGUCAUUUAAGCAGGUUUCCAGUGGGAAAGAUUGUUCGAAACAAAGAAACUUGCGAUCCAACUGCAAGCAGUUUCGAUCUAGUCCAAACCUAGAAUCAGAAAAGAACCACUUGCUAGGAGAGAAUUCUACAGUUUCUAAAAAUGAAAUCAAGCAGUCUCAAUCUAGUCCAGACCUAGAAUCAGAAAAGAACCACUUGCUAGAAGAGAAUUCUACGUUUUCUGAAUAUGAAAUCAAUCCAGUUGAUCAAUGGAAUGACUUCAAGGAUAGAAAGAUGUCUGCUGAGGAUUGUAUGGUACCUGAGAUGUACUCAGCUUCAUCUCAAAGCAUAGUCUCUGAUAUGAUGGUUUCUGUAGAAACUCCGAAUGCUGCUGCCAAGUCUACCGGAAGUCAUAACCAGCACCAGUUUGUAUCGACAGACUGCACUAUUUUGGAGAAAGACCAUAAUUCUUCUUUUUGUAUCUCUGAUGCUUGGAGUCAACAGGAAGAUAUAUCAAUGAAAAUAUCUGAAGAGUGCGGCACAGACCCUGACUUUCUAGCAACCUUGGAGACUGCUAAUCAGCCCAGUCCGGUUUCAGUUUUGGAAACACCAUUCUUAGAAGGGAAUUCAUUGAGCUAUAAGUGCUUUUUGAGUGUCACCGAUAGCUUAAAUGAUGUGAAGCGGCAACUUGAAUUUAUAAAAUCGGAGUCAAUUGAAGAAUACUCUGAAGGACCGGGAAUGAUUGUCUCAAGUGACGAUGAAAAUGAUGCAGUAAUUGAGCCUUUGAAGGAUGAAGGAAAUGAAUAUUCAACUAAGUUUGGAGUUGCAGAGAGUAGGGAUUUAUCCUAUUUUGUCGAUGUCCUAACCGAGGCGGGUUUUCAUAAUAGAAACCUGGAUAUACUCUUUAACAGAUGUCAAUCCCUAGAAACUCCGAUAAGCCUGUCGGUUUUCGAUACACUAGAGAAGAAGUACGGUGAACAGAUAUCUUGGAAGAGGCCAGAUAGGAGGCUAUUUUUCGACCGCAUAAAUUCAGGUCUAAUGGAAAUUCUGCAGCCAUGCUUAGGAGUCCUCAUGUGGGAAAAACCUGUUGCAAGAAGGCUCAGUUAUUCGCAGAACUCGAGAGAAAUUGUGGAAGAGCUUUACAAGUUAUUGGUUAGCCAAGAAAAUGAGGCCAAAGAUGAAGAAAAGGACUCAUCAGAGAAAGUUUUCAGAAAAGACGAUGGAUGGUUAUCCCUAGGAUAUGAUAUCGAAGCAAUGGGUAGAGAAAUAGAGAAUUCAUUGAUUGAUGAACUAGCAGCAGAGAUUGUUACUUUGUUAGCCCUAUAGAUUUGGUUUUUUCAAAAGAUGGUUU